CACUCAUCAUCCGCGCGUCGCGCAUCGCAAGUUACUCGUAUUGGCGCGAAGGACGGGUCUUGUCUAGUGAGAUCUCGCUUCCUACUACAUAACUCUGUCACGCAACGUGUUUGCCAUGCAGAUCCUGCAAGACCAACCUCGUGUUAUCUCUCUCUGCGAACGCUGCGAUUAUGCUCUGGAAAGCCGUACCGGACACCCAGACCUCAACACUAAUGCCCGCUCAUCAUGCACUCCUGCAAGUGCCGCUGAGCAUGACGCACUCCUCGCCAGUCUCUCGCAAGUAAAUCAGAAUAUCGGCGACUGCGACUCAGCGAUCGAGCGCCUGCGCCAGAAAUCUGAACAGAUCAGCCAACAGCGACGGCUGCUCUUUUCUGCGGCAGCGGAUAUAACUACCCUCCUCUCGCCCCUGCGCAGAUUGCCUUCUGAGAUUCUCGCUGAAAUCGCUCGGUUUACCCUCCCGCGCCACUGGUUCGAAGGCAGGAUCGGGAGAUAUCCGUGGGCCUUCACGCAGGUCUGCCGCAGCUGGCGGGCUGCAGCGCUUGAUAUGCGCUGGGUGUGGUCGCGCAUUCGUCUGCCGUUGGGGUAUUAUAGCUGGCCGAAGGGUGAUGGAAAGGCUCUGACCGAGAUCGUGAAGACAUAUCUGGAGCGCUCGGGGCAGUAUCCGGUCGCGCUGCUGGAUGUCAAUGCACCGAACAUGUACGACGGCCUGCGACUGGCCCUGCAGGAGCACGCGUGGCAUAUCGGGACUCUGGAGGCGACUUUUCACGACGGCAAGCUACCCUUCGAUGCGCCGCUCCCCGCUCUGAAGGAGCUGAUCAUCCGCGAUGGUGACAUCUGCGGACUCGUUGCGCCCAAUCUGGUCGUCGUUGAAAUUUGCCUUGUCUGCAACACCAUCGAGCUCCCUUGGGCAAACCUCCGCGCGCUCAUGAUGUCGUUCAUGAUGGACUUUUCUGAGAUUUCCUUUCUGAGACCUUGUUUGCGAUUGGAGGUACUGAGCCUGCUUGCGGACGAAGGCGUAGCUCGCGAUGUCCUCCCGCUAUCGCAGCCUCUUCUCUUCCCAUUGCUUCACACGCUGGAACUUGGGGGCGCGUCCAUCCUCUUCGGCCCUCACAUCUAUGCUCCUGCCUUGUCGCACGCAGUGCUCAACAUGAUGCGCCGCGAUUGGAGAGGCGAAGGCUGGUACAACAAGUUAUGUCAGUCUUACGAGAUACUCCUUUCCGGCCUGCUCGCCUCUGUGGCCUGCAUAACGCUUCGAAAUCGAAAUGGGGUUACCGAUGACACGGAUCUUCUGCGCAGGAUACUCUGCAUGCCGAAGACGCUGCGCAAAGUCGCUUUCGUGGAGGAAACACUCGGCAUCGAUCGGCAACGCAUUCCUGCAACCAAGCAAGCUUGCCUCGAGAUGCUUAGCUACAAGGCAGAUAAGCCGUCCUUCGCCGAACUAGGCGAAGUGGAAAUAGUCACUGCGAGGAGGGUUCAUUGGACGGACAAGGACGUGGCAUGUGUACGUCAUCUGCUGGAGUCUCGCAGUGCUUCGGCCAAGGCGGGAUGUCUCCCUUUGAAGAGAUUCUUCGUAUGCAUGCCUAACGUGCUCAGAUGGCCUGCCGAAUUCAGCGACAAAAGCGAAGGCUGGGCCGGUGUAACGAACUCCGAGGGGAGGCGCAUUUUGGACAUCUACUCUUCAGACCCUGAACAGUGGAUUGGACCAUUUAGGGCGGGGGAUUACCUACAAUAGCUACACGUGUAGUUGCUUGCAAUUCAUCUUUUCCAAAUUCAAC